CCACAGGCACAUGGAGUAGGAUAACACACCGACAAAGCUUUGAGAAUACACAGACACACAGGGAGAUACUGGACUGCGCUGAAACCAGUCUACCUGUCUGCCUCUCAGUGUUGGAUAUACAGUAUAAAUUCUCCUGGAUGGACUAUUAACUUCUGUACCAUGUUGCUCCGGUCGUCUCUGGAGAAUUUCAGCAUCUGUUAUAUCCAAGUAAAAUGGAGGAUAGUUUUGAUUGUGACUGUGGCGAACUUGAGCCACCUGAUCAUUGAGGGUGAAAAAUUAAUUUGAAGACUUAAAGGCCAGACUUAUUUCAGUUUUGUAGAUCAGGUGACUUGACAGGAAAAUUACACACACACACAGAUAAAACCCCCCAAAAAACAGUGCAUUUAGGCACAUUUCACAUAAAGCUGCUCAGGACCAGUCAUACACUGAAUGUAUCUGCACUGUAAGGAUGCAAUUACAUGAUUUUAUAGUUUAACGUAAUCUCAGUGCUUUUUAAUUGGCCCUAUUCCAGUUCAUUCCAUUGCAGCCUAGAAACACUAGUCUACCAAGAACUAUUAAACUGUCCACAUAUCCAAGAUUGGAGGAGGAAUUAAACGUUUACAUUUUCUCUCCUUAUUCAAGAUGGAAAGAAAGUUUGACAACACAUUAGUGCCCCACAUCUGACGGUGACGGCUAGACGGCGGGGGGAGGUGGCUGGGUAGACGUCUGUACAGGGGUCAGAGCCUCUGGAGCCGUGGGGGUAUUAUCAAAUAACUCCCUCUGCUUGUGUUUAAAUUGGAGUUAAGACAGCCCAGAAUACAGAGAUAGCUGAAGUUUGGUGCAGAAGCCAAAACUAGUCGCCAUGGCAGAGAAGUUUGAGUCCCUGAUGAACAUCCAUGGCUUCGACCUGGGUUCUCGCUACAUGGACUUGAAGCCUCUUGGCUACGGAGGGAACGGCCUUGUGUUCUCGGCAGUUGACACCGACUGUGACAAGCGUGUUGCUGUGAAGAAAAUUAUCUUGACCGACCCCCAGAGUGUGAAGCACGCCCUGCGGGAAAUCAAGAUCAUCAGACGCCUCGACCACGACAACAUAGUGAAGGUGUUUGAAACACUGGGACCCAACGGUCGCAGGCUAACAGAGGACGUGGUGUCCCUGACCGAGGUCAACUCGGUCUACAUUGUGCAGGAGUACAUGGAGACAGACCUGUGUCAGCUGCUGGAGAGAGGUCUUCUGUCUGAGGGCCAUGCCAGGCUCUUCAUGUACCAGCUCCUCAGGGGCCUUAAGUACAUCCACUCUGCCAAUGUGCUGCACCGUGACCUCAAGCCUGCCAACCUGUUUGUCAACACAGAGGACCUGGUACUGAAAAUCGGGGACUUUGGCCUGGCCCGCAUCAUGGACCCCCACUACUCUCACAAGGGCCAUCUUUCUGAAGGUCUGGUCACUAAGUGGUACAGAUCUCCUCGCCUGCUGCUCUCUCCUAACAACUACACCAAAGCCAUCGACAUGUGGGCCGCUGGCUGUAUCUUUGCUGAGAUGCUCACAGGGAAAACCCUCUUUGCUGGAGCACAUGAACUGGAGCAGAUGCAGCUGAUUCUGGAGUCCAUUCCUGUACUGCGGGAGGAAGAUCGACAGGAACUCCACAGCGUCAUCCCCGUCUUCAUUCGCAACGACAUGUCCAAGCCUCAUACACCUCUGGCCAAGCUGCUGCCUGACGUCAGUCCACAGGCCCUGGAUUUCCUGGAGAAGAUCCUGACCUUUAACCCCAUGGAUCGUCUGACUGCGGAAGAGGCCCUGGCCCACCCUUAUAUGGCUGACUACUCCUUCCCCCUAGACGAGCCUGUCUCUCUGCACCCCUUCCACAUAGAGGACGAAGUAGAUGAUAUCCUGCUCAUGGACCAGAGCCACAGCCACACCUGGGACAGAUAUCAUGACAGCCAGCUGUCGGAGGCUGACUGGCACUUGCACAGCACCCACGACCCAGACGAAGUUCAGGUUGACCCCAGGGCACUCUCUGAUGUAACAGACGAGGAGGAGGUCCAGGUGGAUCCUCGUAAAUAUGCUGAUGGAGAUCGGGAGAAGUUCCUGGAUGAGCCGUCCUUCGACUACUCCACACUGUUCCUGCCAGAGCGAUCAUGGCAGGACGACGAUCACCACGAGAACAAAUACUGUGAUUUACAGUGUAGCCACACCUGCAACUACAAGGCCGUGUCACCCUCCUACCUGGACAACCUCAUCUGGAGGGACAGUGAAGUCAACCACUACUACGAACCCAAGCUCAUCAUUGACCUCUCCAACUGGAAGGAGCAGCAGUGCAAGGAGAAGGCUGACCGCAAGGCCAAGAGCAAAUGCGAGAGGAACGGGUUGGUGAAGGCACAGAUUGCACUGAAAGAAGCCGAGAAGACCCACAGUCUGGUGGAGAAGGACAGAGAGCAGGAGAAGCACCAGACAGAGAAGCCUCAAAGCCAGCAGAACCAAGGCUUUGACUUCGACUCCUUCAUCGCCAGCACCAUCAAACUGAGCCUGCAGCCGGAGCCCUGUCAGGAGGUGACCUUGCUCAACGAGGUGGGCCUCCUGAACGAGCUCAACUUCUCCGUCUCGCAGCUGGAGGCUCCCCGUUCAGGCUCCAUGUCUAAGUCUGUAAGUCAGGAGAAGGAGGAGAAGUGCCUGGUAAACCUCGCCCAGUUAGGCGGAGGGGUGCUGGGAGUCGUCGACGGAGACGCCGCCUGGCCCGCUCAGCCCUGGGAGAGCUUCGGCUCCGGGGAGAGAGUCGAGGAGAACGGCUGUCUGAUAGAUGAAGCAUGCUGGGACAUUCGCAAAGAGGACCACGUCCAGAAGGAGAGCACUUACACCAGCUACCUGGACCGCCUGUUCAGCCGAAAGGAAGAGGGGGUCGGAGAGACUGUGGCCGGCUCGGAGACGGAGUCCUUGGAUGUGAGAGAGCUGGACGAGAGCUUCCUCGGCAGGAACGCAGAGAUUGUGCUUAACGUGCAGCUGGACUCCCUGGCCCUGCCUGGCUUUGAUAGCACCGAUGACUUGCCUCUAAAAUCCAUCCAGGCGUCCCUCACCCCCUGCGCCGUCAAAUGCUCCCCACAAAUUGCCCACAAAACGUACAGCAGCAUCUUUAAGCAUCUUAAUUAAAGAAAUAUAUAUCCUCCCUCACAGUGCAGAAUCUAGGCAGUUUUAUUUUUAUGUUUUGUUUUGUUUUGUUUUUUUUAAUAAUAUGGUAUGUUAUUGUACUUGAAUCAUUUCAUACUUUUUUUAUUAUGGUUACCUUUAAUUUUAAUUUUUUUUUUUUUUUUUUGCUUGUUUGUUUUUCAAGAUUCGAGAAGGGUGAUUUACUAUAUUUAAAGCGUUUUGGUCAUCACUUUGAGCCUUGAUCACCAGGCCUUCAUGGGUUAUUGUCUACGCCCUCAUUGCUAAACCGGCACGUCACUCGCACACUUAAGUACUGUAAAUGAACAGAAGGAAGGAGAGAAUUGAAGAAAGAUGGAUGUUGGGAGAGGAGCUGUGAUUUUUAAGAGAAGGUUUGGCUGGGUGUGACAUAAGGAAGGAUGGUAGACGCUAACAUUGCUGUAGGCAUUUAAAGUGCUUUCAAACGCCCUCUUCUGGGAUGGGAUACAGAAUGGGAAUGGGACAACAGAAGAAAACUAGGGUGGGAUAUCCUUUUUUUUUCUUUUUUCUUUUUUUUUUUACAUUUUUUUUUGUUUGAACCCCCCCACCCCCCAAUGAAAGCUUCCUUAGUAACCCUUUCAUACUGUAAAUCUGACACAUGAUGCCAGCAGCAACCAUUAUCGUAGGCGUUAAUGUAAAUGUGUUAUCUACCUCAAGGUAACAGCCGCGAGAGACACUCGAAGCCACACUAGUGCUUUACACACAUGACCAUCCUCAUGCCAUGAAAUGAAGUGGUCGCGUAGAUGAAAUCUGUCUCACUUUAGCAUUUAACAUAGUGAGGUGUUUCAGUAAUCAUUAUUUAUUUCUAGCAGAUGUGCGAUAUUUAUUUUAUCAAAAUGUGUUAUUUCAAUGUGAUUAUUAAAGAUUGAAGAGUUGGACAGACUUCGAUUUUCAUUUCGGCACUAUAUGGGCGUGCAAGUGUUCCUUUUUGUUUUAUGGUUGGAUGCAAAUUCAUCUGUUAUGUUUCUAAAAGAAGUUGAGGCUUUCCAUUUUCCACCAAUGUUGUCCAAACGGAUAUCAUUCUUUUGUUCGUUUUCCUUUUUUUUUUUUUAUUAUCUAUAGGUGCGUUCUGUCUUUAGUGGAAAAAAAACUGCUUUACGGUUUAAAGAAGCGCCUAAAAGUCUUAAUUUUUUUAAUCUAAAUGUAAUGUAAAAAAAAAUUGCGUGCAUGGAGGCAAGAGAAAGGUACAUUAAAAGUAAAGUUAUCGGUGAGUAUAAUGUCAGUUUUAACUGUACGAUUUUUGUUAAAUUUCUAUGUACUUUUUCCAGGCAAGCAUGAUGAAUUAGGUUAAGGUGUAGCAUGUAGAACACUUAUGGACUUUUUUUGUAAUCAUUGGUUCCCCUGUUCUACAAAAUAUCUCAAAAUAAAAUUACUGGCAAAAAGUU